AUGGUCAAGUUGACCUUCAUCUUGGGCGCCAUCGCCAUCGGCGCCACCGCCACCGCCAUCUCCAUCCCCGACACCCUCGCAACGAACCAGACUGUAUCCAAGGUGGGAGGCUCUGGAGAGCACAUACCUGCACCAAUAGCACGUUACACGGCACGGCUAUGCGAACACAGAGGGGCGCGUACCCCUUCGAGUCGUCACCUGUACAAGACUUGGUACUAUUAG